AUGCCCUACCUCCCUACCUCCCAGGCUUACCUGGAACAUUCUGCGCAGUUAUUACAGGCGUACCCAGAAACGACCCGGAUAACAACAAAAUACAACUUCCCAACCACACGGCCAGGAAACGCAAAGCGAAUCCAAAAAUCGCAAGCCAAAAAGAACAGCAAAGACAAUGCCACAACACAAGCAACCGCAACCCCCGCCGCCCCUAUCGCCUCCCUCACCCUGAAAACAUUCAACCCCGGCACAGGAAUAUGUCUUCAAUACCGGACGAACAAGGCACAGGAGGUUUCUCGGCUAAUUACGAGCUUGGGGAAGUUGGCUGCUGGUGCUGAUGUUGCUGGGCUUGGGUUAGGAAACGCUGCUCCUGUUGGGGAUGUGGAGAUGGUUGAUGCGCCUGCGGCUGUGGCUGCGCCUGUUGAAGAAGCUGGGGCUGGGAAGGGUCAGGCUCAAGGCCAGGGUCAGGCUGGUGGGAAGGGGAAGAAGAAGGGUGGAAAGGGGAAGCGAUAA